AUGCGAGUCUUUAAAAAAUCCAACAGAGGGGUAGGAGGCUGGAGGGCGGGAGAAUCCAAAAAAGCCGUCCAAAAAGCCACAAAAAAGCCAGCGAGCCUCGUUACGCGAUUGCUCGCGAAGCGCAGCAUGAUGUGUGGCCAGCGUGGGAGCAGGCCGGCGCCGACGCUGCCAGAACUAAGACGAGACCUCGACCGACGGCGGGCCGUGCGGGCGAGCAUCCGCGCUGCCGACGACGUGCUCAAGUCUGGCCUUCUGAGCGACGAGAUUCUCGCAUGCUUUGAGGAGGCGCUCGGCGAUCGGCUGCCAGAGAUGGGCACGGAUGCUGCAGCAGGGCGAGAGGCGAACGCCGAGAGGAGUGCGGAGGCGCACGGAAAUCCGGCCCUCAGAACCCUGGGGGUCCCCUAA